AUGCCGGUGGACUACUCCAAGAAGCUGGACGCGCUCCGGGAGCUGUACGAGCGUGUCCAGCAGAAGGACGCCAACAUCCCGGAGGACAUGUACGCCGCCGCCGGCGUGAAGAACAAGGCGCGCCUGAAGGAUAUUGAGAAGGAGAUCAGCACCACGAAGAAGAAGGUCUCCCAGGAGGUCAAGAAGGUGACGAACGAGGAGAUUGAGAGGGAGUACGAGGCGCUGGCCAAGGAACACAAGAUGACGGUGGAGGAGUUCAAGGAAACGGUCAUGGGCAAGGAUCGCCAACCCACCGCCGGUAGUGAAUUCUCUGAGCGCCACGCUGCCCAGAGGAGGGAGCGGGCGGAGCAGCGUGAUCUAAAGGAGACCCGCCGCCAGGCUGAGCGCGGCGACUUCGACAUGGCAGUGGACUACGUUUAA